UCUUAAGGAACCCGGAUGGAAGCUCCGCUUGCGAAGAGCGCACCCGCGUACCGUCAGCAGUCCUCCUCCUCCUCCGAGGACGACUCUGACGACGAUGAAACGUCCUGGAAACGCCAGGCCACGGACAAGACCAAGAGCAUGCUCACAGACAACGCCUACAACUUCUCGGAUUGUCCGAGCGCCGUCCAGCCACAGCAGUCCUUCAACUUUGGCAGAAAGAGAGUGAACAACGUCUGGGGCGCGGUGCUGAACGAGCAGCUGCUCUCCGAGAACAUGGGCCAGUUCUCGGUAGUGCCGAACAAGUGGGGCCACGACAGGGAGUGCGAAAGCUACGACUUCACACGCAAGGCCCUGGACACGCGGCCAGACCCCGACGAGCCAGACGACCUGUUCGAUGACGUCGGCCAUAUCGAUGACCCCGUCGACAUCCAGGCGCCCAAGAAGUCCUGGAGGGACCAUGUCAAGGGGACCAAGCGGUCCAUCAGAGACCGCCUCGGGGAGCGGUCUAGCGGCCGGCCCUCGAGGUCCAGGAGCCCCAAGUUUGGCCGCGGGAACAGGACGGCGAGAUCAAAGUCCGGCGGUUCGAAGCCGCUGAGUCCGAGUGCCAUGGAGGAGGACGAGACCGUUGUGGCCGAGAUGGCGGCGGACAUGGCGGAACGUCUGCAGGAGCCCAAGAAGGACCUUCUGGAGCGUGUGGUGAGCAUACUGGGGACUUCGGAGUCGCGAAAAUUGCUCACCAUGACCGAGGACAUUGAGGCCGCUGGCGGCAUAAUGACGAGGGACAAGAGUCGGAGGCGUACCCCGGGGGGCGUGUUCUUCUACCUGCUCAAGGCCCACACCCCCAGGGACCAGAUGCUGCUCAUCUUUGAGGAGGAGAUGCGGGAGCAGGAGCUAUACCGCCGCAGGAUCAAGAAGGAGCGCAACAAGAGGCUCCUGGAGCGGCACGCCAACCAAACGGCGGCCUUCAAGGAGGAAUCGGAGAUGGCCCAACGGGCAGCUGACGCGGAAGUUGACGUGGACGCCGACGCGGAAGCCGCCGCGGAGGCCGCCGAGGAGGCCGCCGAAGUGGACCUGGAGGAUGGGGAAAUUGUCGACUAAAUAAAACUCAUAGAGCUGGAACUCAAAA